AGAUGAAAUGCCUCAGCGCAUUCCCGUUUCAUUUAAAUAUGGCGAUCAGCUCAACUUUGGAGUUUGUUUUGUGGAUAGGUUUGAUUCUUAGCUGUGUGGGAAAAGUGGAGAGUAUAGGGUGUGGAUUUGAAAAUGGGGAUGUUUGUGGAUGGACCAACGACAACUUCACCGUGUACAAGUACAAAAGUCCGCUCCAGAAUUCAGGACCAGACAAGGCUUUUGAAAAAGAUUACUACGCCUAUUUCUAUGGAAGCUCUGCUGAGUCUCCUGGUGCAUUUUUACAAUUUUCUUUAUCGAAGAGCGAUGGAGAUUGUUUAUUUAUGGCUUACCAUAUGUGGGGAUCCCAAAUGGGAAGCCUCUCCGUGUAUGUCAUAGAAGGUGAGAAGGUAUCAGUGACUGCAUUUUCUGGUGACCAAGGAAACAAGUGGCACUGUAUAGGGAUCGACCUUCUGCUGCAGGGCCCAUCCACGGUCACAAUACAGGCCAUACGAGGGACUGGACUACUCAGCAUCAUAGGAAUUGAUGAUAUUCGCGUUUUCCAUUCCCAAGGGAUCCCAUGUAACAAAUACAACUGCACUUUAACGCCAGCUAAAGAUGACAUCACAACACAGACGUCGUUGUCACCUUCAACAUCUCUGCCAAUCGACAUCACAACAAAUACUCGUGUGACUACGACUCAAAGCUUUUUCACAGAGAACUUACCACUUAUAGCAGGCGUACCGGGAGGCCUCGUCGUCUUCGUCAUAAUCGCGGGCAUCUUGAUCGUUGUUUGUCGAAGAAAUAAGGAAAAGGAAGAGGAUAAAUUUCCUGAGAUGGUGCUGCAAGGUCAACAAGCAAUUAUUAAUCGAUAUCGAUCGCUCCCGAAUAAUCGACUUCAUCCUGAUGAAGAAGUCUAUGAUGAGAUAAAGGAAGGUCCUGAAUAUUCAUACGCUGACACGCGGGAAGUGUUAGACAACAAAGGUUACCUAAAAAAUGAAAGUGUGUCCAACGAUUAUUUGCAUCCCAUUAGCGACGGCUAUUUGACUCCUCAGUCUGUCAACGAUAUGGGUCAAAAUGGUGACCCGUAUCUGAAACCACUCUCUCGUCAAGACAAAAACACGGGCAAUCGGGACGAAAAUUACACCAUUCUUCCCGCCAUCACACUCCCCAUUGACAAAGUCAAUGCCGGUUAUACAAAAAAGCUUGCUUCGUCAACAAUGAGCAAUGACUAUGUGGAAGCAAAGAAUUUAAAUAUUCCUCAUAAACCUGGCAAGAAAAUUUCAAUCAGCGAUCAGGGAGAUGUUAUGUACUUUGACAUUUCAAAAAACAUGUCGCACAAGAACGUAGAUUCCGAAAACGGAAUAUACUUGUCCCUGUCCCAAAUGAAGUGAGAAUUUCAUUAACGAUAUACAUGUAUACGCGAGAGUUUGUACAUGUAUACGCGAGAGUUUGUACAUGUAUACGCGAGAGUUUGUGACAACAAUAUUUCGGUCAGACUCACAGUACUUUGAUUGGUAAAUAUUUGGCUGUUAAUUCGACAUUUGAUUUGAUUCCACAAUAAGUGUUCAUAAUUUUGACAAGUGUAACUGAAAAGAAAAAAGUUAAAUGGCUAUUUCUUCCGAAGACAUUCAUGGGUCGUUGUGUGAUCUGCUUGCUUUUCUAGAUACAUAAUUAGUACUAACAUACUGCAUAAUCACUAACAUUACUACUAAAACGUAGACAAUGUUAACGAGAUAAAAAGGGGUUUAUGAUUGAAAUGAUAAUUUACCAUUUUAAUAAAAUAUGUAUUAUAUAUUGUAUGUACCAUACAUCAAGGAAGACAAUUUCAACUACUGUAAACAACUUCUUAUUUGUACAAAUCAGGCAUACAUCAUGAUAUACAUUCAUAGACACGUGUCUGAUUAAUGCAAAUAUUAGAUUUAGGAACUGUAUACAGUGAAAGUUGACAUGCAACGGGAGAUAGAUAUUUUGUCGUAAUAAACAAUGUGUCGAAAAAAACAAUGAAAAAUAUCUAUAAUAAGUUGAUUGAUUGAUUGAAUAUUGUUUAACGUCCCUCUCCAGAGUACAUAAAUUUCACUCAUAUGGCGAAGGGCUAAAAAAAUGCAGGCCUAUUCUCGGCGCUUAUGGCUUUUGAGCAGGGAGUGAUCUUUAUCGUGCCACACCUGCUGUGACACGGGGCUUCGGUUUUUGCGGUCUGAUCCUAAGGUCACCUCUUACGACAAGCAAGGGGUACUGAGGGCCUAUUCUAACCAGGAUCCCCACGGGAUUAAGAUAUGGAUCAAAAUGCUUAGUGAAACGGAUUACACAGAUGUCGGAGUAGGUAGUUUUCAUUGUAUUUGUUUAUAUUGAUAUUAUUAUCAUUUAGGUAUCGGUGUGAUUCUUUAGUGAUGGUGAUAGAUUUCUCACCACUAAUGUAAAUUGUAUGUAUAGUACAGGGAGGUGGUCCGUCUGAAUCAAGAGUAUUCUAUUUCAUACAACUGAUCUAUAUUAGUUGUCACGGGCACAUGCUCAGCUCACAAUACAGUGUACCAUCUGGUAUAUCAAACCCGAUGUAAUUAUAUAAUGAGAUUCACUACGGUAUUUCAUGAUGUGCAUCUAUCUACUGGGCCAAGAAUCAUUAAAAAAAAAUGACAUCAUUGUCACGAAAGGUGAAGAAAACGAACAGUGAUCAAUCUCCUAUAAGCUCCUGUAAGCAAACUCCUAUAAGCUAUACAAAACAGAUAGUUAGGCAAACACGGACCCCUGGAUAUACCAGAGGUCAUUUCAUGUUCUGUAGUUCUAUACUCUCACGGUGAUGAUAAAUCAUACACAUUCAUUGCUUCUUUAUCGUUGCAUGUUGAAGCAAAUAGAGAAAUACUCUAUGGAAAGUUGUCAGUGAUAUAAUUGUUGAGUACAGCUACAAUUUAUUGCAAUAAAGACCUAAUUAUAUGUAUAAACUUUUAUAUGGAAUAUCUGCUGUAUAUCAUCGUGUAAAGAUUGUUUUUAUAACGUGUCUGAUAUUAAUGGUGGAAAAUUGCAAAUAAAAAGGUAACAAAU